AUGUUCUUUCGGAUAUUAAAAAAUUAUAAAAUAACUAGUUCAAUAAAAAGAGAAAAAAGUAAAUGUAUUUUUUUUAUGUACUUUAAGAAAAAGAGCUUAAGUAGCUCAAAGAAAAAUGAUAACUUUUUGAAGAAUUUAUGUAAUAAAAAUGUUAUUAAUAAUUUAGAUUCAUUAAAUAUUAUAGAAAAUUUAAAAUAUGUAUCUGAUAAUAAUGUUAACAAAGAUGUUGUUAAAAUUUAUGUGAAUAGAAUAAAAUUACUAAAUGAAAAUUGGAAUUUAAAUAAAAUUUAUUACAUUUUAAAAGCUUUAAAAAAGUAUGAAAUAUAUGAUGUUGUGUUAAUAAAAAAAUUAGAAAAUAUCAUUGAUCAAAUAGAUUUAUAUGAAAAAGCAGACAUAGAUUAUUUUGAAAAUAUAUAUAUUAUAAGAAUAUCAUAUAUAUUACAAACUUUUUAUUAUUUCAAUCAUACAAAUGAAAAAGUUGUGAAAAAGCUAAUUAAAAUUUUAAAUAAUAAAUUGGAUUAUAUAAUUUAUCAUAAUAAUUAUUUCAACAAUUUUUUAUGUAAAUUGAGACAAACUAAUAAAAAUGAAAACAAUAAUAAAUAUAAUUUAAAUAUUAUCAUUAAUAAUGAUAAUAAUUUGAAAUUUGAAAAAAAAAAAAAUGAAAAUAUUUUUGUGAGGAAUAUAAAUUUUAAUGAGAUAUAUCUUAUUCUAAAUGUGUUAAAAAAAUUAAAAUUCGUAAAUAAAGAUUUUGUAAAUAAGCUAAAAUUUUUGUAUUAUUUUAACCACAUAGAUGUUGAUAAAACAAAUGAAAAUGAUUAUAAAUAUAUCACUUUAUUAUUUAAUAGUUUUUAUGAAAAUACAGAUAAUUAUUUACUAAAUAUUAUGACAUUAUUUUUAUCAAAAUAUACAGAUAUGCAUAAUAUUCAUGAUUUAGUUCUAAUUCUUGUAACAGUUUAUUAUUCUAAGAUUGAAAAAAAGGAAAAUGAAGCUGAACUUAGUAGCACCAAAAAAAAUUAUAAAAUAAAAUAUCCACCAAGUGAUGAUAUAAUUAGUAUAAUUGAAAGUAUAGCCUUUUUAAGUGAAGAACAAAAAAAAAAUCUUAAAUACAUUCUUUUUUGUAUAUGCAGAUGUGGUGUAAAACGAGAUGAUUUAUCUGAAAUUAUUUAUGAUAAGGUUUUAGCUUUACUGAAUCUUAAAUAUCAAAAUGAUUUAAAUAAAAGAAUUUCUAAUUUUUCAAGAAAAGAAAAUGGAAAAAGUGAGAAAACCUUUAAAACGAGUGAAGAUACUUCUUGUAAAAAUAGAAUUAUUAAAAAUAUUACGAAUGAUAUGCAAAGUUUAAGUGAAUUAAUAAAAAUUUCUAAUUACUCUUCAAAAGAAGUAGAUAUAUUAUAUUAUAUAUAUAUGAAAAAUUUUGUAGAAUAUUUUAAUAUAGAGACUAUAUUAAAUAUAUUUAAAAGUUUUAUUUUUGUGUAUAACAUGAGUAAUGAAUCAGUUAAGAAUUAUAAUAUAUAUUUAAAAAAAAGAAAUAGAAAUAUAUUAUGUCAUAAUUUAAAUAAUUUAAUGAAUAUUGUUAUUCUAAUAAUUACAACAAAAUCCUUAUAUAGAUUAUAUAAUAUAAGUAAUAUAAAUAACUUAAGUUAUGUUCUUUAUUUUUUAUAUCAAAUAAGCAAUAUUUUUGAAAAUAAGAUAUAUGAAGAAUUAUAUAUAAAAAAAUUGUAUGAUUAUAUAAAUAAUGUUUUAAUCAUAAAGUUAAAAUUUAUUUUAAUGGAAAAUGAAGAGAAAAAUGUAAAUAAUAUUUUUACAUAUAGUAAUUUAGAAAAAAAUGAUGAAAAUUGUAAUAAUGGGGCUAUUAAUAAUUUUAUUAAUUUAAAUGAAUAUUCACACAAAAAAAAUAAAUUGUAUUCAAAACAAAAAUAUAAUAAUCAUAAAAAUAAUGAUUUAUUAAAUAAUGAUGAAAAUAUGUAUGAUGGAAUAGUUAAUGAAGAAAGUUGUAAUAACAAAAAUGGUGAAGAAGAUAUAGUUGAUUCCUAUUGUAUUUUAUUUAAUUUGUAUAGUAAAAAAGGUGAUAACAAAAACAUACAAAUUAUGUUAUUAAAAAUAUUACAAAGAUUACAAAUAGAAAAUAAAAAUUUUCAAACAGGAAUAUACGUAAAUUUAUUAAACUCUUUUGCAAAAUUGAAGUAUAGAAAUAUGAAAUUAAUUGAAAUAUGCUUAAAAAGAAUUGAUGAGAAUUCAGAAAGUUUAAAUUUUUAUGAAUAUAUAAAUUUGUUAAUAUCACUAUCUAAAUUAAAUAUAUUUGGAAUUAAUUUAAAUAUAUAUAAUGCAUUAUUUUCCUUAAAAGAAAAUAAUAUUAAUAGUAAUUGUAAAUAUAUAAACAAAAUAUUUAUAAAUGAAUAUAAUGGUGUAAAAAAACUGAACAAUAUAAAAAUUGUUUAUAAAUUGACUAAUAUCUUUAAAAAAAUAAAUGAAAACAUAAACAAUUUUGUUUUUUUUCCUAGUUUUAAAAUAAUUAAUAUUAUACCAAAUAUAUUAAAUACUUACACCAUAUUAGGUUUUGAUAAAAUUCAUUUUAAAAAUAUAAAUAAGUUAUUAGAAUGUUUUUAUGAUUACAUUUUUAAUUAUUUUGAAGACUGUAAAUUAAACGGAAAAGAUAACAAUAAUAUUAUUGAUAAUCCAAAUAACAAUAAUUAUAAUGAAAUUAAUUAUAAUAUGAAUAAUACAUUUAACAAAAAUCAUUAUUGGUAUUUCAGUGAAAAAAAUAAUAUAAUAAUAACAAAAGAGAAUAAUUAUAGAAAGUUAUAUUUACCUCUUCAAUGUUUAUAUCAAUUAUAUAUAUUCAAUAUUUAUUUUAAUUUAUAUAUAAAAUAUUUAUUUAAUUUUUACAACGAUAAAGAUAAUCCUAAUGUGUUAAUGAACGAUGAAACAACAGAAGAUUCAAGUUGUUUAACAAAUUAUUUACAUAACACAAAUUUAUAUUCAAUGAGAAAAUCAAAUAUUAAUGACACAAAAAAUCAUAGUUUUUUUAAUAUAAAUAAUAUUUUAAGCGAAAAAAGUAUACAAUUGUUAAAUAAUAUAAUUUUUUUUGUUAAGUAUAUUAACAAUUUUUACAAAAAUGAUAACUACAAGAAAUAUAAUCUUUAUAUGGAAUACUUAAAUAACUAUAAGAACAAUGAUGAAAAAAGUACUAUAAGAAAAAAAAAUAGUCAAUUAAUUGAAAAUAUAAAAGGUUUUGAAAUUCAUGUUAAAAUGGAUAAUUCAAAAACAAAUCCUUCAAGUUUUCAUAGAGAUGUUUUUUCUAUUUUGAAAUCAUUAGGAGUAAAAAAUAUAGAAUGUGAAGUCCCAUUUCUUGAUGGAAUAUACACUAUUGAUAUCAUUAUAAAUAAUUCGAUAUGCAUAGAAAUUAAUGGUAACAAUCAUUAUUAUUACGAUAGUAAUAUGAAACGAUCUUAUGAAAAAUUAGACUCUCUGAAUCUUAUAAAAUAUUAUUUACUAAGUAAAAAGUAUAAAUUAAUUAUAGUUUCAAACUUCGAAUGGAACCAUCUGAAAACAGUUGAUCAGAAAAAAGAAUUUUUGAAGAAAAAAAUAGAAAUAUAA